ACAAUUUUGCUUGCCCAAAAAAAAAAUGAAUUGCAUCAAACAAUUUUUCUUGGUAAUUUGCUUUUCUCUAGCCAUAACAUAUGAAGAUCAUGUCUUAGUCGGCGGCACCACCACGAGAGACAUCAUGGUCCCGAAGAUUUCCGAGUGGCAAGUCACGGUUGUUAACGGUUUGACCACUGGUGAAACUCUUUUCAUCCAUUGUAAAUCUAAGGAAGAUGAUCUAGGUGAAAUUAGUCUGAAUUUUAGAGAUAGAUUUUCUUGGAAUUUCGGAGAAAAUAUGCUUCACUCAACUUUGUUUUGGUGCUAUAUAAGCAAAGAUGAUGGUCAUAUGAAUGUAAAGGUGUUUUGGGAUGAUGUUAUUCUGUUUCAUAGAUGCGGUUGGAAGAAUUGCAUUUGGACCGCAAAAACUGAUGGUCUUUAUCUUUGGAAUUUAGCGAACGGUGAAGAUGUAUUGUCGGGGAAAUGGGAAGUUGGAUGAUCCCAAAUUUCUAGGGCUCCAAGUCCUUUGAUUUCUUCGACUGUAUUCGCAAUUCCCCACUACGUCAAGCUGGACAGACACCGAAGGGAUCGCCAUGAGAGUGGCGGCUACGAAGAUUCCUACCAUAACCACCGAACCACCCAUCCUAGAGGUCCGUCUCGUCCCUCUGAUUCACGCUUCGAAGAGGAUGAUGAUGAUUUUAACCGCCACCGUCGUCGUCGUGGAAGCAGCCCUAGCAAUUAUCGAGUUGGAAUUGGGGGCGGAGGAGGUGGUGGUGGUCGACGUUGGGAAGGUGACAGUCCUACGGAUUUUGAUGGUCCCGGAGAUGGAGGUUUCCGGCAGAUGAAUGGUCCUCCAGAUAGAGUAGAUUUUCAGCAGAUGCGUCCUCGGAAUGGUGGAAGUUUUCGGCCUAUGGGUUUUGCCUACGAUGAUGGUUUUCGUCCGAUGGGUCCUGACGGUGGUGUAGGAGGAGAAGGGACGCGGUCAAUUGUUGGAGCUGGUCGUGGCAGAGGAGGUUUUCGGGCUAAUGGACCCGCAAAGUUUCCGCCUUCAGAGAGUCCAGACGGGAGGAGAUUUGUCGGUAAAGCAAUGGAGUCUGAUUAUUCUGUAAGGCCGACUACACCGCCGGUCCAACAGCCUCUUUCGGGUCAGAAACGAGGGUAUCCUAGCUCAGAUCAUGGCAGCUAUACUGGAGCUGAUGUUUCUGAUCAUAGCAGUAUUGUCAAGCUUUUUGUUGGCUCCGUACCAAGGACAGCUAUAGAAGAAGAAGUUCGUCCCUUUUUUGAAAAGCAUGGAAAUGUUCUGGAGGUUGCUUUGAUCAAGGACAAGAGAACUGGACAGCAGCAAGGCUGUUGUUUUGUAAAGUAUGCAACUUCUAAAGAUGCGGAUAGAGCCAUUAGAGCACUGCACAAUCAGAUCACUCUUCCUGGGGGAACUGGUCCUGUUCAAGUUCGAUAUGCUGAUGGGGAGAGAGAACGCAUAGGCACGCUAGAGUUUAAGCUUUUCGUUGGUUCACUAAACAAGCAAGCCACUGAAAAAGAAGUUGAGGAGAUCUUUUUACAAUUUGGUCGCGUAGAAGAUGUCUAUCUCAUGCGUGAUGAAUAUAGACAGAGUCGUGGAUGCGGGUUUGUUAAAUAUUCAAGCAAAGAGACGGCAAUGGCAGCUAUCGAUGGUCUCAAUGGAACUUAUACCAUGAGAGGUUGCAAUCAGCCAUUGAUUGUUCGAUUUGCUGAUCCAAAGAGACCUAAACCUGGCGAGUCAAGGGACAUGACAGCUCCUGUUGGACUUGGUUCAGGGCCUCGUUUUCAAGUUUCAGGACAAAGGCCCACCUCUAACUUUGGUGACUCUAGUGGGGAUGUAAGCCACACAAAUCCUUGGCGUCCAGCGAAUUCACAAAACGUAGGUCCACCUAGUAACACUGGGAUCCGUGGUGCCGGAACUGACUUUUCCCCUAGACCAGGUCAAGCAACAUUGCCUUCAAAUCAGGGUGGCCUGUUUGGUGGUUAUGGUGUUCCUCCCCUUAAUCCUCUUCCAGUCUCUGGAGUUUCAUCUUCUGCUAAAUUGCAACAGCAAAAUCGGGCAGCUGGCCAGCAAAUAUCACCAUUAAAAAAAACUCUUCACAGUCCACAGGGUCUCCCCCUACGUCCACAUUUCCCUGGUGCCCAGGCACCCUUACAGAAUCCUUAUACUUAUAGCAGCCAGUUGCCUUCCUCUCAGCUGCCGCCACAGCAAAACGUCACUCGUGCAACCGCUCCUCAGACUCCUUUGAACAUUAAUCUACGACCAACACAUGUGUCUUCUGCAACUGAUCAAUUUCUCCCUCGUUCCCAGCAGCAACCGCUACAAAAGAUGCAACAUCCUCCUUCUGAGCUAGCUCAGCUCUUGUCACAGCAAACUCAGAGUCUACAAGCAACACUCCAAUCGUCUCAGCAAGCAAUAUCUCAGCUGCAGCAGCAGGUGCAGUCUAUGCAGCAACCAAACCAAAAUUUACCACUCUCACAGAAUGGCCAAGUUGGUAAACAGCAGUGGGCUGGAUCUGCAAUUCCAACAGUUGUUAGCACCACUGGUUCGACACCAGUUACCUUUGUGCAAACAGCUGCACCUGCAGUAAGUCAGAGCGUGGUUUCUGUCAAAUGUACCUGGACCGAGCAUACCUCGCCUGAUGGAUUUAAAUAUUAUUACAAUGGUCUAACGGGUGAAAGCAAGUGGGAAAAACCUGAGGAAAUGAUAGUGUUCGAACGAGAGCAACAGCAACAGCAGCAACAUCAAGAAAAGCCAAAUAUACAGCAGCCCCAGACCCAAUUACAGCCGUUGCAGCAACAACCACAACAAGUUCACCAGCAAUAUCAAGGCCAGCAAUUACAGCAUCCGUUUUAUUCUUCACUGUAUCCAACUCCAGGGUCCAGCCAUAAUGCUCAGUAUCCAUCAUUGCCAGUUGGUCAAAACAGCCAGUUUCCUAUGCCAGGAAUAAGUCAAAAUGCUCAGGACUAUGCUCGGACACAUAUACCCGUGGUGGGAGCUGCUUCAAUGAAUGAUCUAUCAAGAACUCAACAGAGCCGUCAAUCUCCCCAAGAAGUCAGGUGGAAGAAUAAAGCUUGAGGUUUAUAUCUUCCCAUUCUCUCAUCUCUCUUGUAUUUUUUCCGUACCGAAACACAUUCCACAUGUAUGAUGUUUCUUUAGUUUGAAGUUGCAUCUAUUUCUCUGUGCUGAUCGAUACUCUGCAGGUACAUGAAACGAGGAGCUAAAUUAUCUCAGUAACUAGAUAGAAAUUUCUGGAACUAAUUAGUCAAGGAGAGGAAAAGCAGCAAUGGCAGUGUUCUUAGUCUCUGAUUUUUUAAGUUAACCCCUUCAGGUAAAAUAGAUAGGCGAUUCGAAG